CGGGGCCCGCGCUCCCGCAGCCUCAGGUAACGCCGGGCCUCUGGAGGAGAUGAGUUGGUGGAUCCCUUUUGACGUUAAUACAAGCUUUGGAUUCUGACAAGACUCAUGCAUAUUUCGAAUCUCCUUGCAGCAAGGGGUGCUGAUUAUACUUACACAAGCUUGGUUUUGAAAUUGAUCAGAUAUGGGAUCAAAACAGAAGAAAGGUUUUCGAGAGUCGAUCGAUGAUGUUCUGGAUGACCUGCUCGGGGAUGAUGACAGAUCUUCCAGAAAAUCUGCUUUCCCAACAAUACAAUCAGGAAGUGUCCCCAGGAGAUCGGCUACCAUGACAUCCAGAACCAACAAAAAAUCAUUGCUGGAUGAUGACUUUUUUAAUAAAUUAGCACAGGAGGCUGGCAAGGACAACGAUGAAUCUGAGAUUUCAGAGGUUGAUCACCAGGCCCUAUUAGAAACAAUGAAGGAUAUUGAUGACAUGGAUGCUGACCUCUUUGGGAAAAAGAAGAACCUGCCUUCUGUUCCAAAUCAACCUGCUGGAAAUCAUGCUGUGACAGAAGACUCCAAACCAGAAUCCUCCAGAACAGCACAUAGACCUGCAACAGUGAAAGAUUUAUCUGGUCAGGAUGAAAGGCAUCACCCCACUGCUACCACCUCCAGGCAUCAUUACAAGAAGUUCACUUUUGAUGCCUCAGAUGAGGAGGAUGUUGGUUUAAGGAUGACAAAGCAAGAUAUAGACGAUCCGUUGGCAGGAAUUCUAUCUGAUGAAGAAGAGGAACCAAAAAAACCAGCAGUGUCAGGACAGAAACCUAGCCUCUCAAAUAUAGAUCUCCAAGCACACAAGAAAGAGCAGAAAGUGCCCUCCAGCUCAGCUGUGACCACUUCACAGAGGAAGGAUGAAUUGUUCUUUGAUGAUGAAGGAGUUGACCUUAUGAAUGCCCUUGGAUUUGGAGACAGUCCAGAAACAUCAAAGCAAUUGAAGAGAGUGGAGGAAGAGACACUGCGUCCUGCUCGCUCGAAGCUGGAUGAAUUGUUAGGGAGAGGUACAGCCAAGAAGUUACUUGAGAGACCUUCAACUGGUGAAAGGAAAGAAUUUAAACUCGAUCCAAAAUACAAAAAAACACAAGAAAAGGAAGACUUUUUGGAUGAUUUUGCAUUUGGUUCCUACCAGCCGACUGUGGCUACAACCCCAGAGGAUCGUCAGUCCAGGCGCCAGUCAGUGAGAUUUAGCCCAGAGGGUGACAGAAAAUCCGGUAUUGAUCAGAAACCCAAAACAGCCACACCGACAUCAGUAACCCCAACGCAAGCACAGGGAAAUAAGGGGGCUGCUGACUGGUUGGGCCUGAAGGACGAUGAUGUUCCGGAUUUGGAUGAUCCAACUUCAGCCAAAGAAAUGCAGAAAGGGUCAAUGUUCUACAAAGCAAAGUCUGAUUCAAAUCUCCCAGCCAGCCAUGACCAAAGCAAGAGGCCACACUCAGCAGGCCGUCCCCCAUCUGCACCAAAGCCAAGUGAGAAGAAACUAGUCAGAUCUGCACCACCCAGCUCAAAGACAGACGUAGCCGAUGUAGUAGAGGGCGAUUGGUUGAAGGAGAUACUGUCUCAGAAGAAGUCCCAAGCUUCAGAAUCUAAUUCCUUGACAUUGGGCGAUGAAGUUGAUAGAGUGGCAGACAUAUGCAAACAGAGUGGAUUACCAGGUGCACGUGGGCAGUCAUCACUCACUGCAGUAACGGAACCGGCAGCUCAGAGUGAUCCCGUGGACUCUGGGUCCUCAUUUCCAAGGGAGAUUUCACAAAAGCAGGCUAUUCCUCUGGUUUUGUCUGAUACCUUGAAAGAUUCCAUCAUCAAAAACACGAAUGUGGCUGCAUCUGCACAAGAUCAGAAGGAAGAUAAACUAUCUGCUUUACAGGUAUCCCUGUCUACUGAUCAACUGCAGCAGUUACUUCAACUCCAGCUACUUCAAUCAAAGUCUGAAAUACGAGGUUCAAGCGUGGAUGUGCCGAAUGCUGUGGAACUGGAGAAUAGAUGGACAACCGUGCAGAAGAAACUGAAGUACAACGAGGCUGAGCAACAGGCAGCCCUGCAGGCUGCUGAGAUCAAAAUCAUUGAGCUGGAGAGCAAGGUGAGAAAGCUGGAGCUGGAGCGAGAACAGCAAAGGACUCUACUGGGGAGCCUGCAGCAGCAACAUAAGGAAGAUCUGGAACUAAUAGAAGAUGCACACAGGAAUCGCUUGAAGGUAAUUGAGUUAUCGUACCAACAGCAGGUGGCUAGACUGCAGGUUGAGAAUCGGGAUCUCUCUGAGCAGCACAUGGCACGGCAACAGUGCCUGGAUCGAGAGAGGUCAGAACUGGUCGCACGGUAUCAGCGCAAACUCAGCGAGUUUGAGGAAGAGAAAGCCAACGAGAAGGAACGGCUCAGGGAACUACAACGACAGUCAGUUGCGGAAAUGCGAAGAGAACAUGAAGAGCAGCUACAGCACGUGAAACAACUGAAGGAGCAGGAGAUUGAUGCAGUCACCAGUGCAUCCUCACAUACAAGGUCGCUCAAUAGUAUCAUUGAGCAAAUGGAAGUCUUCUCUGGGAAGCUGAAUGAUCUCUCCUAUAAAGUGGAAAGCACUCAUCAGAGCACGUCCCACGAGAUGGAGGUCAAUGCACGGUUACGAGAUGAGCAGCAGCGAGCUCAGCAGGAUAGACUGAUGCGCCAGCAGAGAGACCUGGAGGAGGAGAGGGCACGCCUACAAGAUGUUGUAACUAAGAUGGAGAUCAGGCUGAAUGAACAAACACGACUUCUUGAAAAGGAACGUUGGAGGGCAACAGCGGAGCAAACCAAAGUGGAAUCGGUGCAGCGAUCCCUGGAGGAGGAGCGUAGACUCAUGAACCAACACUUCAGCAUUGAGAGGGAGGAGCUGGAGAGGGCAAAGAGUGCCUUGCUGGAGGAGCAGCAGUCGGUGAUGCAGCGCUGUGCUGAGGAACGCCGAAGGCUGGCCGGUGAAUGGGCAGAGUUUCACACACAACAGAAACUUAACAGUGGGCGGAUAGAGCGAGAUACCAACCGUUCCCUACAGCUCAAUGCACAGCAAGAAGGAGCAAUCUUCAGCCUGGCAAAAGAACAAGCAGAAUUGAAGGUAAAAGCCAUGGAAGUGAAAUCAAAGGAGGAACAGCUGGCUCAGGAACGAGAGGUCCUGAAUCAAGAGCGCCAUGAACUGCAGCUGGAAAAGGAGAAGGUUAACGCGAUGGCGAUUCGCAUCAAGCAGAGGGCUGAAGAGGUCGACAACAUGAGCAAGCUUGCCUCUCAGAAAUAUGAGGAAGGGGAACAAGCUUUCAUGGAAGCCAAACGGGUGGAGUCUGAGCACCAGGCACGACUGCAAGCUAUCCAACGAAACCUGGAGAGACUUCAGCAGCAGGAGCAGCAGAUACAUCAGGAACGCCUGAGUCUAGCCCAACAGCGACAUCAUCCGCACAAACUCACAGCAGAAAUCCCCAUCAACACACUAGUGCCACCCAUCAGAAAUCAAAUGGUACCCACGAUAAACCAUUCCUAUUUUCCUCCAGUGCACAAUAAUGCUCUUCGGGGAACACCUGGGAAUUCCAGAUCAGAUCAAUUUACUGAGAAAGUUGUGGGAUCUGAGGCUUCAGACUUGGAGGCCAAACUUGCUAUUUUCAGACAUGCUGCUGAGAAGGAUCGUGACUUCCUUGAAGAUGAGCAGUUCUUCCUGGAGACACUGAAGAAAGCUCAGUAUAACAUAUUUUCCCAAACAGCAUGAAACUUCAUGUGAUACUGGCCCUGGCCAAUUUCUUACAUUUCUAUGUAAAUCCCUUUGUAUGUGUAAACAAUGUAUGUAGUAAUUGUGCAAAAUUUUAAUCUAGUAUUUCUUUUUUACAUUUAUAAAUUUUGUAGAAAAUUAAGUCAGGUACAUGAAAAUAUUUUGUGAAUGAAUUAUGUACCUGACUGUUCCGGUGGUAACACUUUCGAACUCAUCUGCUGGCUCGGAUGCAGCUCAGUUUCUGACAUGAACUUAGACUGUCUGUGAAAAUCAAGCAAAUGCUGUCCACGUGUCUCGAAUGCAGACCAUGUUAUAUAAGCAGUUGCUGGACCUGAUGUGGCAGUGUUUCAAGCUACCAGCUUUGUAACUGGACCUUUCCAUUGGUUAUGAACCAAAGCCCCACUUCUAAACACUAGCAAGGACUUUAAGGAUGGUCUGAAUUUUCUGAAAUAUGCACUUCUGAGUCACAAUAAAAAGAACUUGUCCACAGCCCAUACCUGGUUCCCAUUCCCCUAAUCUGUUUUCUUGAUGAGUUGUUCAGCUCAAGUAGGUUAUUUUCCUUGGAACUGCUAAAAGGUUUGACUUGAUACUAGAACUCGUCCCUCAGAUGGCCAGCUAUCCGUGUGCAAGUAGAGAGGAAUGAAAGAGAAGCUCACAGAUUCUUAUCAUGUCCACAUGAAUGUACACCAGAUUUCGAGUUUCAUAAUGGUCUUUUUAAUCCUACUUGAGAUUAGUCCAUGGUCACAUGCAAUUAGAAAGUCUCAUUGUCUUGCACCUGUGGCUUCAACCCAAAAGAACCAAAGCAACCUACUGCUUUCUAGAAUACACACUGUGCAAAACAACCUAUCUGGUUAAUCUGUUUUUAUUUUAAGGAUUCUUGAUAAUUUUCUUGAGAUUACUUUAUGUACAUUGUGAAAAGUUCUCUACACAACUAAGUAAAUGCAGCACAUAAAAUAUCAAUAUUUUUGAAAUUAAAACUAAAUGCUGGAACUGGCUGUUCUACCUAAUCCCAACAGCAUUUGUCAGUUUUGGAUGGAGUGCAUGUUGAGAUACAAUGUCCAGAUUCAGGUUGGGCCAUUCCCUGCCAGCCUAACUCAGUACUGUCUAGUAACGAUGUGUUUAGUAUAAAUGCACGUGUCCUCUGUUCUUGAUCAAUAUUUGGUGUUUCGUUCUCAAACAGAUCAAUAACGUGUCUGAGAUUGAAACAUUUACAGCAAGAUUCAGUUCCCAAGGUUUAAGUCAGGUUUUAACUUUUUUCCUGAGCAAACCUCUAGUUGAUUGGCAUCUAAAUAUAACACACAAACAAUGUGCUCUUAUCUGUCUUAAUGCUUUAAGAGUUUUAAUAUUUCUCGUCUACAAGUAAAUCUAGCUGAUAUCCCACCAGAAUUGUACCGUGAAGCACAUAAACCAAUGUGGAGUGCUACCCACCAUGGGGAGAGGAACAGGGUUCACACCAUGGGUCAGUCUUAAUGACUUCAACUGAUAUUUUAAAAACAUAAAUAUAAACUUAAAAUAGUGAUGGAUCCAACAUCAGUAGUCCAGGAUACCAGGGAGGAAAAAAACAUUAAAUUUCUUGAUUCCAAGAAAGCUUAUGAGUGGGUCAGGGAACCAUUUCCCCCAAGCGCUAACACGAAGCCCAAAAAAUGCACAUUCUUGGUGUCAAAAAGUCACCACCUCAAGGUGAGCACAUUCGAUAGGUUUUUUUAAUAUAUGCCUUCUGCAGGGAGCCUCUGUUGUCCACUAAUGCACCAAAAUUUUUCCUACAGAAAAUGACAUCAGAUAUCCAUGAUUUGCUGUUUCCAACAAAACCCAGCUUCUUUAAAUGCUAUCCAGCUGAAUUUAGAAGGCUUAUUACAAAGUCACUCCAAUACUCUCAUGUCUAUUAAUCCUCGAUUCUUCACAGCUAGACAGUGCCCGAAGAUGCGGCCCAGGGUCUCACUGCCUUUACAACGUAGGCCAGUCUUGUCCAUUCCAG